AUGUUGAAGCUGUUCCCAACAUUGACUCUUCCCGCAAGAUUCUCUGUUUUGCAGGUGAGCAACAAGAAGUCAUUCCAGAAGCUUGAUCAGAGACCGCUGGACGUUUUCCAAUACUACUUACAGCUUCAAAUCGAUCAGUUAAAUGUAUAUGGAGAUGUAGGUGACCUGAAGCAUAAUAUUUCUUUCGUUAAACGAAUAAAAAAUGAGUGGAAAUCACUGUCAUUAACUAAAAAGAGGGUAUAUCACACGUUGUUCUUCAAGUUCAGUGCAGUAGAUUUCAAUAAGCUUCGCAAUGAGGAAUUAGCCAGGUACCUUACGAUUCCACGCCCCAUCACAAGUAGUUACCUUUUAUUCAGGAAAAGAUUUAAGGUGAGGUUUUAUCAAAUGCUAGAGCCAAAGGAAAGAUGCUCGCAAGGAUCAGCAUCAUCUUUGGAUCAGCGGUACCAACGGACUACAUAUUUGGCAAAAAAUAAACCACUGGUAAGGAUUCAACCGAGACAACCGUAUCCUAACAAUAGCACGGCAUUUAACGCUCAUUUUAGGUACCAGGAGAUGUGUAAAUCCUGCAAGGAAGAAUGGAGGAAAUCAGUAACCGAAGAAGAAAAACAAUUGCUUCACGAGGAAGUGCAAAGACGUAAGAGGCUUUUCGACCUCCGGAUGCAGGUGGAAAGAAAGGAGUUGAGGACACUCACGAAGUUGCUCGAUGAAUCCGUCUCUGAAGAGUCCUUCAAAACACUCUCACAUUCGCUUUCUUACCACAAUCUGGAAAGGAAAAAAGUUCUGGACAACGGCUUGCUGAUACCUUUCCUCCACAUGAGCCACAAGAAGGAUUGA